UUUCCGUUGGCGGUACACUCAGAAUAGCUCUGUGGAGGCGUCGUAUCGCGAGGUGAGUGGUGAGAUACGCAAAUGACUCAGUCUAGUGGCAGCCGCCGUUCUAGGAAGGGUAGGUCUCGUCAUUCGUUCUAGCCGACGACUCCGCCGUCGGCUUCGUUGCACAGGGUCGCGGAGGCGUCCCGGGCGUUCAGACGCCGGUCCGUGCGUCAGUCUCCGACGACACCUGAUCGCGUCAGUUUCGUACGGGCUGUCCCCGGGAUAGCGUCUAGAGUGUCUGCACGGAGACGGAUCGCGCACCGGUGGGGCAUGCGAGCAGGUGCGGGUAUUAACAGGUUCGGCCAGCUUAGCAGGUGCGGGUAUUAACAGGUUCGAACAUGUGCGGUGCAUCGAUUUUGCAUGCUGGUUCUAACUUCCAGGAUGCAUCGAUGUGCAUUCAUAUUCGCACGAUUGGGACGGUGGUGAGCAUCUCAGCCAGUCGGGAUGAGAGGGUAUCAUGGUUUCGACGUCGUCUUGACGCGGAAUUCCAGACCACUAACCACGUGGGGACAGCCACGUUGGACAUGUAUUUCUUCCCCAUAUUCCACAAGGCACAGUUUUACGUGAUGUGUAUCAGUUUCAAGCAUGCCGCGUUUGUCAUCAUAGACAGCUCGUCCACGGCAAACAUGGGUAUAGUGAUGUAUGGUAUAAUGCCGGAGGAAUUGAGGGACCUACUGGCCGCGUAUUUAGACAGAAAACAGCACAUUGCCAGGGCUCUAUGUUUGAGGAACAUGCAGCCCGAGAGGAUGCAGUUGGCGUUGUCUGACACCCCCACCAACGGUGACUCCGGAGUCUACGCAAUGAGACACAUGGAAGCUUUUGUUGGACAGGAUCCCAGAUGUUGGCAGUGCGGUCUGGGGACGGGAGGUCCCGGGGAGAUUGAAAAUAUGCGAAAGAGGUUUCUGCACAACAUCUUGCUUUGCACGGUGAAUGGCAACAUGCACAAUAUUCGCACACGAGCAGGGGAGUAUGACCGGCAUAGGACCGAACAACUACUGACAGGAGCAGUUAAGUAAAUGUUUGAUGUGAGGUAGAAAAAUGGAUAAUCUAAAUAGCGUAGCAGUAGUCGAGGGGUUGGAUGUUAGUUUUAGUGGUGAAGGUUGUUGGCUUACUAAUGUACCAGUGCAUUAGCGGGGACAAUAUGAUUUCCGUUGUUUACCACUGUAGUUUAUUGUAUGGCCGGAGCCAAAUGCAAUAGUUUUCAAACAAUGCAACUGUCCUACCCCCAAUAAAUUAAAAUCUAUUGAACUGA